AUGGCAGUCUCAAGCAAUGAAUGUGGGAAUGAGCUCUCAAGCGAUGAAUGUGGGAACGAGCUCUCAAGCAAUGAAUGUGGGAACGAGUUCUCAAGCAAUGAAUGUGGGAAAGAGUUCUCAAGCGAUGAAUGUGGGAACGAGCUCUCAAGCAAUGAAUUAUGUGGGAACGAGCUCUCAAGCGAUGAAUGUGGGAACGAGCUCUCAAGCAAUGAAUGUGGGAACGAGCUCUCAAGCAAUGAAUGUGGGAACGAGCUCUCAAGCAAUGAAUGUGGGAACGAGCUCUCAAGCAAUGAAUGUGGGAUCGAGCUCUCAAGCGAUGAAUGUGGGAACGAGCUCUCAAGCGAUGAAUGUGGGAACGAGCUCUCAAGCGAUGAAUGUGGGAACGAACUCUCAAGCGAUGAAUGUGGGAACGAGCUCUCAAGCGAUGAAUGUUGUAACGAGCUCUCAAGCGAUGAAUAUGGGAACGAGUUCUCAAGCAAUGAAUGUGGGAACGAGCUCUCAAGCAAUGAAUGUGGGAAUGAGCUCUCAAGCAAUGAAUGUGGGAAUGAGCUCUCAAGCGAUGAAUGUGGGAACGAGCUCUCAAGCGAUGAAUGUGGGAACGAGCUCUCAAGCGAUGAAUGUGGGAACAAGCUCUCAAGCAAUGAAUGUGGGAACGAGCUCUCAAGCGAUGAAUGUGGGAACGAGCUCUCAAGCGAUGAAUGUGGGAACGAGCUCUCAAGCGAUGAAUGUGGGAAUGAGUUCUCAAGCGAUGAAUGUGGGAACGAGUUCUCAAGCGAUGAAUGUGGGAACGAGUUCUCAAGCGAUGAAUGUGGGAACGAGUUCUAA